AUGAUCCGCGCUCACAAGCUCACCUCACCAACGUUAUCGUGCACCGCCCUCCCCACGGUACCACUGCUGGCACCCCCCCCCAAACCCCCUGUGCUGCCCUCCCCCCCAAAUUGCAGCGCGGAGCCUGGGAGAGGGCAGGUGGGAGCACAUCUUAGAGUCGUCUCAGGACUCUCGCGUCCUCUAUCGCUCUCUCUCCCCCCUCCAUCACCGCAACCCCUCUCAUCUCAGGGCAUGAUAGCAGCAGCACGGAGCCUGGGUAAGGAGAGGCAAGGGGGGAAGGGAGGCGAGAAGGGGGUGCGAGGGGGUGAAGUGGGGAUGGGGGGUAUGGGAGGUGGUAGCGAAGCUGGACUUGGAGGAGGGGAGGAUGGGGCGAGGAUGGGGGUAACAGCGCAGUGGGCAGUGCCUCCCCUCAUCAUCUCCCCCACGCACUCCCUCUCCCCCCCAUACCCACCCUCCCCCCCGUUACCCCUCCUCCCCCUUGGUUCCCCUAGGCUGGCAGCGCAGUGCGCAGUGCCGCCACUCAACUCCCUCGCUCACCCCCUGUUCCUCCCCCCCCUUUCCCAUGGCUCCCCAGGCUGGCAGCGCAGUGCACUGUGCCGCCCCUUAUCAUUCCAGUGCAUUGGUGUGGGAUGUCCCCUCCUCCCAUCCCGCUUUCCUUCUGCACCUGCUGCCUGCCUCCCUGCCCUCCCUACCCUACCUGCCCUUCCACUUACCACCGUGCCGUCCCUACCGAUUCUCCCGUCCCUCCCCUCGCCUGCCCUUUCCCCCUCCUGCCCUCCCUUUCCCCCUCCUGCCCUCCCUUUCCCCCUCCUGGCCUCCCUUUCCCCCUCCUGCCCUCCCUUUCCGCCUCCUGCCCUCCCUUUCCCCCUCCUGCCCUCCCUUUCCGCCUCCUGCCCUCCCUUUCCCCCUCCUGCCCUCACUUUCCCCCUCCUGCCCUCCCUUUUCCCCUCCUGCCCUCCCUCUUGCCCUCCCUUUCCCCCUCCUGCCCUCCCUUUCCCCCUCCUUCCCUCCCUUUCCCCCUCCUGCCCUCCCUUUCCCCUUCCUGCCCUCCCUUUCCCCUUCCUGCCCUCCGUUUCCCCCUCCUGCCCUCCCUUUCCCCCUCCUGGCCUCCCUUUCCCCCUCCUGCCCUCCCUUUCCCCCUCCUGCCCUCCCUUUCCCCCUCCUGGCCUCGCUUUCCCCCUCCUGCCCUCCCUUUCCCCCUCCUGCCCUGCCGUUCCCCCUCUUGCCCUCCCUUUCCCCUUCCUGCCCUCCCUUUCCCCCUCCUGUCCUGCCCUCCCUUUCCCCUUCCUGCCCUCCCUUUCCCCUUCCUGCCCUCCCUUUCCCCCUCCUGCCCUCCCUUUCCCCCUCCUGGCCUCCCUUUCCCCCUCCUGCCCUCCCUUUCCCCCUCCUGCACUCCCUUUCCCCUUCCUGCCCUCCCUUUCCCCUUCCUGCCCUCCCUUUCCCCCUCCUGCCCUCCCUUUCUGUGAGAGUAGUAUGAAGGUAUGA